AUGGACAUCAACAACCUCAGCCCAGACCAACUUUGCGAUUUCCUGCAAGAAUACGGCACGGAGAUCGAGCGAAUGAAUUGUAAAGGAAUACAUGGUCCAUCACGUCAGCGACACAUGUGGAAUUGGAUCCCUGUUAGAUACAGGGACAUGGAAUAUCCCACAUAUCAAACUUGCAGGAAAGCUCGAUUACGAAUGACGUUUCAGAAUCAGGUACAGAAAUAUCUAGGCGCGAGAGAACACCGAAAGGAUCGACUUCAGGAAGAUGGAUGGCAAAAGUAUCCAAGAGGAGAAGGGGACUUGACGGAUACUGAGAAAAGAAUGUAUGCCGGUGUUCAUCAGAGGUAUAGUGAGAUUAUUAUGGAGGAGAUAUGGGGAGAGUAUUUCGCGAAGCAGAGGGAAAUGAUUGAAGAUGGCCUCAAAGUUGUAGAGGAGAAGCAAUGCGCGGAAAUCAAAAUUUGGUACCGGUAG